AUGAGUUUGCACACGAAUGAGACAUGUAUCAUCACUGGCGACUCGUCGGUCAUGACCGGCGAAUUGGAGAACACAAAUUGUGCCUACUAUCCGAAUUACAAUGUCGGUUGCGGCGUCUCCGAUCCUCGAACAACGAGCUUCGGUAAAGGCUUUAAUCAGGCAGGUGGAGGUGUCUAUGCCAUGCAGUGGACGAGCGAGUCGAUCUUGAUUUGGUAUUGGCCUCGUGCCGAAGUGCCGGAGGACGUCGACAAUAAGAAGCCUGAUCCGGGCAGCUGGGGUCUUCCAGCUGCACAGCUUGGUGUUGGCAAUUGCAAGAUCGAUGAACACUUCCAGAGUCAUAAGAUCAUCUUCGACACGACAUUUUGUGGUGAAUAUGCUGGCAGUCCAUUCGUCUGGAAGACCGACGAUGGGAAAUCAUGUGCUGGCUCUACUGGACUAGCAACAUGCGACAGUUAUGUUGCCAACUUUCCCGAAGCUUUUGAGGACGCAUACUGGAGUGUCAACUACGUUCGUGUUUAUCAGCUUGAUGACCCCGAGAGUGAUACAGAAUACAGGACCUACAUUGCAAGUGAGCAGGCUCCUAGUACCGCAACACAGGCAGUGGCGGAUCCAGUUUCCACACCAAACCUAGCCGUUGAUGAACUCUGCCCGACAUACAAUUUCUCCGUCAUUACUGAUGGGAAGUACAAGUACGAAGUUGCCUGUGACUUUGACCCACCUGGCCCAGAUAUUGUAGGACAACCAUAUCCUGGCUUCAAGGUCGACUCUUUGGCCGAUUGUGUCGCUGGCUGCACAUACAUGAACGAGAACAACGGAACAAACAAAUGUGGUGGUGUCGCGCAUUCUUCCAAAGACAAUUUCUGCUACUUCAAGAAGUUUAUCCAAGGGACGCCGCAGUAUCGCAAGGGGUUCAACCAAGUUCGUCUGAUCUAUUACGGAUAUCCUCAGAUCACCGAUGACCCACGAUCUACGGCAGAUUCGACACUCACGUCCAUUUUCAUUGAGACGAUACCAACACCACAAACGUACCGACCGUUAACGAUCACCACUAGACCUAGUGUGACUACUACAUCCAGCGUAUCUGAGACUGCGACUUCCCGUGAAAUUACCACGCUCCCACCUGCAAUGGGUGGUAAUUCCACAUCAACGUCGUCAGAGGUACCUCCAGACUAUUCUGAAACAGCUACUCUCACUGGCAACGCCACAAGCACGGCAACCUCCCUUCCAUCGUCCGUCACCUCUACUGAUCCUCAAGUGACGAACUCAGAGUUCUAUAUCGUGUUCAAUGUCGAUACAGCGGCUAAGCGUCUCACCAAGCGAGCUAUCCAAUUUCUUGCAUUCGAUGAGAAUGGCUACAGCAAGCUCGUCACGACUGAGAGCGAAGCGACUAAGUUCUGGCUGACCAGCGACGGUUCUUUGAUGGCAGGAGACCUGUAUGUUGGUGUCAACACCGGCCAAGGUCGCUUACAGCUGUCAGACGAUGCGCCUGCAGAACCAUUCAUAGUUACCGUGAGCGAAGAAGGAGAUGUAUCUGUUCCGGAUGCACCAGUUUUCUGCCUUACUGAGAGUGGCGCACUUGCUAUAGGCACAGAUGAAGAUGAAGUACCGGUGAAUUGUACGCGAGUCGAGCCAGAACUGCUUGGAUCACCUGACAGCUCAACGAGUACAAGCACUAGCAGUACUACCACGAUUAGAACCGGAGGCCUUUCCACGAGCACGACUUCGGGAUCUUCGAGCUUUCAGAGCGACAGUACUCGCAGUACACCUACUGCAUCCACAUCCCCCUCUAGUGCUUCUUCCAAUCCAGGAACCGCAUCAGGUACAACCUCCAGCUCGUCAACCGGUACCUCGACUACCGCUCCUACAGCAUCUACCAUCAACGACUUCGUCUAUGCCGGUUGCUUCGGCAUCCCAACGGACAUCUCGCCCGCGUCUUUGCCUGGCCUCUCUCUGCCACUCACUUCAGACACAAUGACAAAUGAGAAGUGCACCGCAGCAUGCAAGAACAUCACCAACGCCUACUUCGCUGCUACCCACGACGAGCAGUGCUUCUGCAGCACAUCCAUGGACCUCUACGAUAUCCUUCUCGACUACCCAGAUGCAAGCUGUAACAUCCGUUGUCCAGGUGCGAACCGUCAGUUCUGUGGUGGUACAGUUCAGUUUGAAGGUGGUCUUGAGGGCACCUCUGGGGCGAUUCCGAAAAGACAAAAUACAAACUUGAUCUUGGUCAGUUUGUACAACAAUACACUGCUGAUUGAUUCGCCAGGCGAGGAUGAUGUUCCUACCACGACUGAUAGUGCGACCACAACACGCUCAGGUAUAGGUGGAGGCACCGUCACCGAUACAGAGACGGAUACCAUAACAGUAACCGCGACAUCAACGUCCACAUCUUCGUCACGGAUCACUACAACCUCAGGUCCGCUGUACUUCGACCCAGAAGACGUAAUCUACAACGUCACAGGCACGAACACGGUAACAGUAAUCAGCACAGACUAUGUUGAUCUCUGCCCAACCUGCGCCGCUGGCCUCACUACCCGUUCAACGACGAUCACAGUGCCAGAUUGCGGAUGUACAGCGAGCUACGACAAGCACCUGCAGAAGACUGUGCCUGUUGCGAAGCCAACGGUGCCGAUGAUGACGACGGUCAAACAUUGUAAGGUAUGUGCUGAAACUGGCGGUAAGAGUGUAGUGACUUUGACUGUGCCGCAUACGAGCUCGAUCAAGGCGCUGGCUGCGAUGGUUACGCAGAUGGCUAUGCACUCGGCUGUUCCGGCUGGAGGUUCAACUAUGCCUGUCGCUGGAGGUGGACCCGGAAGUGCAGUCCACGCUGGUCACACUAUGGCACCUGCCAAUGGUGUUGCUCCUGUUAGUGGUCCAGCUGCCAUGAACAAUGCCUCGCCUGCCAGCGGCGCCGCUCCUGCGAACGCCAUGAACGCCGCAGCUCUAGUCAAUGGCGCAUCGAAACCAGCUUCCGGUUCUGCUCCAGCUGCCGCUCCCAUUGCCGCUCCCAUUGCCGCUCCAGGUGCAGUAUCAGGAGCAUCAGCAGCAGCGCCAAUGCAAAACCUAGGCACCACGACCACACCCACAGCCGGCCCCGUCGCACCAAUAGGUAUGCGCCCUGAAGCCAGCAACAACAACGUCGCCGCCGCCGCCGCUGCCAACAACCCUCCUGCAGCUGCCGCGCCAGCCUCCCCACCCUCAGUCCCCAAUGCCUCCGCCGCCACACACGGCAACCUCACCGCUCCGAAAGUACCUUCAGUCAUUGCGAACGGCACGAUACCUUCACCCAUCGCUUCCUUUACCUCCUCAGCCUCCAGAUUGAUUCGUAUUGGAGCUGGAGUAGACUCCCUUCUUUGGUGGUCUGGGAGUCGUUACGCGCUUAGCAUUGCGGUUGGAGUGGUUGUGACGGUAGUGGUUGGUGCGUGGUGA